AUGGCUCCCGAUUCGUUGCCUAACGAUUUGAAGCCGCUGCUCUACGAUAUGGUGCUUGCCGUUGAGAAUCAAGGAAUCAACAGCGACAUCACGCAAUCCGCCCUUGAUAAUUUGAAAGAAUACGUGUCAAAUACAUUAUCAAAACGCGAACAUGAGGGCUUGUGCUCAGAAGCGAUUAAGAGACUGUACGAGAAGAAGGUACCGGGGGUAUAUGCCCGCAUGCUUGAAAAUCUCCAAAGGGCACGUAUAUUCUUACAACAGCUGGCGAAUCAGGCCAUGAACCAAAUUGGCAACUGGGGGGAUGUCGAGACAAAGGAGCUGAAGAGAAGGCUCUUCGAAGAGAUGGGAGAAAACAUGGAAGUGAUUGACAACCUGCGAAAAAGGAUGAAACUCAUCCCUCUCGAAGAGCCUAAUCUUCUAGGAAAACAACCAGAGCAAGAUGUCGAAUCCCCUUUUGAGAUGACUCCUAUCUUAGACAACAGUAUCCUAGAAGCCAGCAGUCCAGACGUCAAUGUCCUAGAAGCCAUCAUAGCGGAAGCCGGUAUCUCGGAAGACGGUACUCAUGUUCCCAGCUUAGAUGACGAUGUUUUGGCCCUAAUGCUUUGGAAGCCGGAAAGCGACGAAGCCAAGUCCCAAGCAACUGCAGUCCAGCCUGGUAACGGAAUGUCCGCCAGCGUGGUCAACGGAAGGAGUCGGCGCUGUCCAACUUCACCGCAUGCAAAUGAGAGGACUGGGACAUCACUUAUUUGGCCAUUGGUAUCAGCCCCACAACGACGCCAGCGGUCCGGCUCCAAUUUUGUCUAA